AUGAAAAGAGCCUCCAUUCCCCUCUCUGCACGAAAUUUCGACGCCUUCCUAGGUGAUUCCUUUUUCUUCUGCCCCUCUUGCACGACAUGGCGCACGUCGAAGCCUCUGCGGAUCCGGCGAGCAGCUAACACCAGCACGAACACCGGCACCCGUCGUUCCGCCUCGAACCUCACCUCCAGCACGGCCGUUAACGCCAGGAAACCGAUCCCCCCUCGGUACAAGCCUCUGUACGAUGCGCUUGUCGACGUGCAAAAGAGAGCCUCCGCGCAGGUGAAUCUGAGCAGGUUACAACUCGCGCUGCAGGGAUUGGAGUCCGACACACCCGUGACGAGGGUCGCGGUGCUGGGACUGAACGUGCAAGACACGGCGAGGAGGCUGGUAAGGUUACUCCUUGCGGACGCGCUUGAGGAGGAAGGAGGGUGGGAGCAAGAGCUAGUACAAUCACAGUUACAGUCCCAGUCAGGGUCAGGGUCACAGCAUGGGCAUGAUAGUGAGGACUAUAGUCGAGGGGUGAUCAUUCGGUAUGGACACCCGCGCAACUCGAACCUACCGCGGCCCAAGACGAGCGUGCCGGUCAUGUAUGUGCCUUCGACGGUGCUGGAGCGGAAUAACAUCGAGAUUCUGGUGUCCAGCAUCAGUAGUCCGCGCACUGGUGAACUUCUGCAAGCCGCCAAGACGGUGGCCUCGGACGCCUUGUCGCCUUCGAUUGGGACGCCCACGGCCGCGACAGGGAGACAAGUGACGAUCGCGCAGCCGGUCCACAGCACCUUGGUGGUGACUAGGGGGUUGGACGAGCUGAUGUUGGCGGCGGAAUUGCUGGCGUCUACGACUUUCACGGCACCGGAAGACCGGAAGUCUGUUCGCUUGGUGGUCAACUUGGAGGAUACCAAGGACAAAAGCGCCGGCCAGGUUUUUGUGGUGGACGCGAGGAAGGCGGAAGAGGGACUUGCCGCGAUUCGGAGGUCGAUAGGAGAAGCAACUGAUUACGAGCACAAGUGGGUGGAUUCAGGCAUGCCGACGGUGUCGAGCUGGCUUACAUUGGCUUCGACGGCACGAUCAGAGGGACAAAUUCCCCCCCCUGUGCAGCGGUUGAUAUCUUCUCUGCUGACAGCCGCGACUACCAAUCUACAAGCUCAAGCUGCUCUAGAAGCCCGGUCGAGUGCAGCUGGAGCACUGAGUCCCGCCAGCCGCGCAAACCUCGAGAGUGCCCUCGAAGAGUUCUCCCGCAACGCCCAUCAAGAGCUCCAAUCUGGAUUGGCGUCGGCGUGGAGCUCACGAAAUUGGCAAAAGCUCGCAUGGUACAAACUGUUCUGGCGUGUCGACGAUGUAGGUCUGAUCAUUACAGACCUGGUCACCAAUGCCUGGUUGCCGCGCACAGAGCGGGCCGUCUAUGAGCUAUCUGGUCGGCUGUCUCAGGCGGGCAUUUCGCCGGUGGAAGAACAACCGGCCCAACCAUCCCUGACGACAUCAGAACCUGCGAUGCAUAACAAGAAGGAGGUCGAGCCGGUGCUGCAAGCUCAAAGCGACAUUGCAACAGAGCCUCCUGUGCAGCCAGUUCUGGUUAAUACCACUGGGAGGACCGAGGUUAAGAUGGCACCAAUUCCCCAACCAAUUCCUUUGUCCUCGUCUAUAUCCCGGACGCGGUCCGCGCACAUGGAACGCGCGAUUGCCGAGUUGACCAGCACCGCCCAGCAAAUCGUGCUCAAGACCGCUUCGCUCGCAGGGCUUUCAGGCGGUCUGUCGGUCCUGACUUACCUCUCCCUCACAACGGGCAGCAUGUACGAAGCCGGCACAAUAGCCGCGCUGGGCGUCACUUACGCGUUGUGGCGGAUGCAAGGCGACUGGCAGAAGGCCACCAAGUGGCUGGAGGAGACCUUGUACGAGGAAGGCAGGACCGUCAUCAAGGGUCUUGUCAGGAGGAUGAGGGAGCUGAUCGAGACCAGCAGUCGUGUCGUGGAGGAUGAGGUCGAAGUCCAGAGUCGACGCCAGGCAGAGGAUGCAGUAAUGAGGGCCAAAGAGGAGCUACGUCGACUGCAGCAGAAAUAA